AUGUCAAAGUCACGUGGAAUGCAUUUGUAAACAGUUUAUUCACGUCCAGUUUUUUGUUUAAUAUGUUGUGCAAUUGAUCCCGAAAAAAAUUGAGUGGAAAUCAUACAUAAUCUGUGACGAUGCUGAAACUUGUGAACACGGUGCUCCGCAUCGGCACACCAAAUGCCAUGCGGUACGGUUCGAUACAACUGUCAACGAUGUACAGCACGUUUCAGCCGAAGGAUUUCCAGUUCGAUUCAUCUUUCGCCGGUAGUGGCACAUUGAUUCACCGUUUCUCGCGUCAUAUUGCCCUUACCAAACGGGAUUGGACGGAUCCAACCCGAUAUGAUUUCAAAUUUUCGUCGUUCUAUCCCGUAUACCGGCCCGAUCAGUUUCUCGCACAAUUGCAGGCAAUCUCGAGUCAUGAUUUGAGUAAACUGAUAUGCUUGACCGCAGAUAUCCAGGGUAAAACAGACUACCGGUUGUAUGCCGAUGUCGUCAAUAGUCUGGAUGAUGAAACGGAGACUCGCACCGAGCAAUGUAACUUUAACGAACUAUCCCGCAUUCUGCACGGUUACAUGUACCUGCUCAGAAAUAAGACUGUUCGAUUGAAGUCCUACCGUUUAAUUAUACCACGGAUGAUCGAAUUGUUCAAGCAAAAUGUGAACGAAAAGGAUUUUAUGACUAUUGUGUUUUUUAUGGGCUUGUGGAAGAAAAAUUCGACGGGUACUAGACUUAUGGAGCAGUUUUUAACGGAAUAUGUGGAUGAAUUUCUGGACCGUUUGGAACUGAUAGAUUUUGUGAUUUUGGCCAAUGCAAGCUUUCAAACAAGCGUUAGAAUAGCAAACGAACGUUUCCUGGAGCGAUUGGUGAACGAGAUUUCAGGGUUCGAAGGGAACGAUCAUGACUUAUUGGUUACAUUGGUGAAGUGUGCUCGAAUGAACCGGAUACGAUCGGAGUCAAUUGUCAAGAAAAUAAGGAGUGUCAUCCAAACCGAAGCUAGUGGGUUAGAAUUUCGCGAACUUUCCCAUUUGUUUGCGUACAUCGCAGACAGUUCAAUAAAAGAAGAUUCUCUUAAUCAGAACUUUCUGGAACAGUGUGCAAAUCGCAUAGAAACGGAAAUAGCUUCGUCACCCGAACACAAUUCGCCCAGUUUUCGAGCAAAAGAUUUAUCCACGUUCCUUUGGAGUUGUUCGAAUUUAUCAAUUCCUCUGGCGAACAUUGGAAUUGAACCGAGCGAUCUUUUGAACAUAAUCUUCCGUAAAAUGGACAACGGAGAGGUCCGUCAUAUUCCAGACACUGUUGUCGAUAUCUGCCUCUGCUUGUGGAUUAUGGAUUACCCAUCGAUCGAUUUGCUUUCUGCGAUAUACGGCGAUCGCCACUUUAUGCAGCACUUUAUGAAAAACAAAGUGAAGAUUGAAUCCAGACGGGAUUUAUUGUUGGCGUGUGCCGAAAUUGAGCGACCAGAGGCAUUUAAAAUUAUUUCCAGAUUACCAAGAGUGAAUGCUGCUGCUCUAGAUCGGCCGGCACCCGAUUAUUUAAUCAAAAAACGCGAAGGACUUCAACGGGUAAAAUCCUGUUUGGAAAGUUUAAGGUCAAAACUGCAAAUCACAGAAGUGCAGUAUAAUUUGCCGAUUAAAUCUUUGAACAUCGCUGGACUACUGCUGACCAUGCAGGACGGUAGGCACAUAAACUUGGAUGUGUUGGAACAAGAAAACUGCCUUUCGGAUAAGCAGACGCCGACAGGAUUGAUGAAUUUGAAAACACGUUUGCUCGGAAAUCUUGGUUGCGAUGCAGUUAUGAUUAAUAACCUUCGGAUAGAAUCAAACGAGCAAUUGGAGCAAGCAUUAGAAGAGGCGAUUGUUAACGUUACGGCAACUAAAGCUAAGAUACCGAAACGACGUACAGGUUAAUAAAAAUAUCUUUUAUUUGUUAAAAGUGAUUACCAUCUACAAA